AUGGAAGCCAAAUGGCCUGGUUCUGUGCAUGACUCCAGGAUUUUCAGAGUGUCACAUUUAUGCACAUUAUUUGAACGUGGUGCUUACGACUGGAUCCUGCUUGGUGACAGGGACUAUGCCUGCAGGCAGUACUUCAUGACGCCAUUCCCUGACCCAAACCCUGGACCACAAACCCGUUUCAAUACAGCUCUAGCCAGGACAAGGGCACGCAUUGAAAUGACCUAUGGGCAACUAAAGGGAAGAUUUCAGUGUCUGAAGGGUCUGAGGGUUGCACCUGACAGGGCCUGUGACAUUAUUGUUUCAUGUGCCAUCCUCCACAAUAUUGCCACCAUCAGAAAGGAGAGGACCCCUGUGGUGGAGGUGCAGGCUGAUGAUGACCUCCAACCAGUGCACUUGGACCAACCUAGUGGCAGAGCUGCACGGGACAGAAUUGUGGAACACCAUUUUUGA